CAAUUCCCAGGGUCCGCUGCGAAAUGCAGCUGCGUACGCGGGCCCCAAAGUAUUUGGUUGGAUACGCGUGAGGAUCUGUCAAAUCCGGAGCAGAGAUUCAAAAGUGUGCGCACACUCGCGGUAGAGUUAUAUCCCUUUCGUACCGGAUAGUGUGCGUUUGCAAGGGGUUUCCUCAUUAAAACGAAAUUGCAGUUGCGUAGCUGUUCAGAAUUGACAGUGUUAUUGGGCUCAAUCUACCAACGAUUCACUAAUGAAAACAGUUUGUUAAGAUGAGUAGUAAUGCAGCCAGUCCCAUGUCAGCUGGAGGGAACACGGCAUCUAGCAGCGGGAAGGGAUCAGCAAAGUCGACCAGCUUCAUUGCAGAACUUCAGACUAUGAUGUAUGCUCUGGGGGAUGCUCGCCGACCUCUCCACGAGACUGCAGUUUUGAUUGAAGAUAUUGUGCAUUCUCAAUUGAUUAACUUGUUGCACCAGGCUGCUGAAAUUUCACAGGUCAGAGGAGCUCGAGUCAUAGCAGCAGAAGAUAUUUUGUUUUUAAUGCGGAAAGACAAGAGAAAAUUACGACGGUUGCUAAGGUAUAUGAGUUUCCGGGAUUUUAAAUCCAAAAUCAUUAAGGGUGUUGAAGAUGAAGAUAUUAUUGAAGCAGACAAAUCCAGCAGCAGUAUAAACAAGCGCCAGAAACUUUACCAAGAAUUCCUCAGUUCCAUUGACCAAACAGGGGAGCUGCUGGGCUUGCUUGAGGAGGAUGAUGCUGAUGAAGUCAAACAGGAGCGGCUGGAGAGAGCUGAGCGCCAAACUCGAAUGAUGGAUUCAUCUCAGUAUGCAGAGUACUGUGAGAGCCGCCAGCUGAGCUUUGCCAAGAAGUCAAGUAAGUUUAAAGACUGGUUAGACUGCAGCAGCAUGGAGGUCAAGCCUAAUCCAGUCGCAUUAGAGAUCAUGGCAUACUUAGCCUAUGAAACAGUGGCCCAGCUGGUGGACCUAGCUCUUUUGGUGAAGCAAGAUAUGACAGCUAAAACUGGUGAUCCAUUUAAUAAUGCCAGAGCUGCAACAUUUGCACAUCACAACACUACAUUGCCUGAGAUGCAACUUCAUGUUCAAUCUGUCAACCUGAAGAACAAUCCUGAUUCUCCUGAGAAUACACCCCCAUCAACCCCAACUACUCCAGCAUCAACCGUGCCACAUGUGUCUAAAACACAUUCAGGAAAUGUGGGCAAUGGGAGCUUGGGCCAAGAUUCCAGCAAUUCCAAGGCAAAAACUCGCAAGCGAAAAAAGAGUGCUGCAGCUUGUGGUCUAGAGACUCACAGUGAUGCCAUCCAGCCCAGCCACAUCAGAGAGGUGAUCCGACGGUACAGCCACAAAAUUGGCCCUCUUUCUCCAUUCACACUAUCCAGGAAUAUGCUGGAAUGUGUGGUUAUGUGGUCUGGAUGGGAGGACAAGUGCGGUGUGAUGCUUUCUGCAGUCAAAUAGCCUACCUACACCAACUCCCUCCAAAGUGCAUACCGCAUAACUGGAAUGACGUUUCUAGCCUGCUGAAAACGGAAGGAACAAGAAGCUUGUUGUUACUGAAACAUAACCACUGCAAGGAAACAAGGCUCUGUCAGUACACUGUAUACGUGUGUGUGUGUGUGUGUUGUGUGAGCAGUUGUGACAAUUCACUGACCUACACCCUGCCAUCAAUCCUGUUUACUUGGUGGAAUGUUUUAGUUAAUUAAAGCCAGAUGUUUGGUGUGCGUAUAGAUGGAUAGGAACACAGAACACCAGCUGUGUCCAUUUGUGUCAUAUUGAUCAAACUGAAUGAAAUCUUUUUCUGCCCAAAUACACAUUUGUACUCAUGGUGCAAAUCCUCAUCCAUAACAAGAGUAUUUGUGUGAGCAGCCAAUAGGGUUGUGAAGCCAGAAGAUUACUUCUUUUCUAACUAAUAGUCAAAAUGUUUGUUACAGAGUGACAGAAUACUGCAAAAUUCCCCACAAUUUACCAACUGAAGAAAAAAUGUCAGAUUUAUAAAAAUGGAGUGACCAACUUUGGAAAAUAUUAUAAUUUUGCAUAAUAAUAGAAUUGUUCUGUAAUAAUGCAAAGUUAAUGUCAUGCUAUCAUAGUUAGGUGAGCUGUUAAUUUCAUGGAACUAUAAUUGUCAAAUGUUUGCAUUUUUAAACAGCAUCUGGAAAUACUGACAAUCUGAAAGCCUCUUAAUUUGCCAUAUUUACAUGAAUAGACAAUGAAGAUGUUGAAAUCAGUGCGUAAGGUUUAAGAAUGCCAACUCAAGAUUGCUACAGAAGGGUGUUGAAGAAGAUGGGAGUUAAAUGUCUCAUUGUCACCAAAUGUUUUUGUUUCUUAUUCUCAUGAUUUGUAACUCCGUAGCUUUUCUACAAAUGGUUAUUAAAAAUCAGCAUAUGGACAUCAAACUUUUUAAAUAAACUUUUGGUGAUUACAACUGA